AUGGUUCUCCUCUCUAACCCUCCCUUUGACUUUCACCGUCUGUUGCAGAGUCUGAGCCAGAUCUUGGAGGUGGCCUAUGAUUUUGAGGUCUCUCUCCCUGAUGGGAAACUCAAGAGCAUCUGCUUUGCCCUGCACACCCAGGUGAAGAAGGCCGUCCUUCAUUUCAUUAAGACACUGCUCAAUGUGCAGGGCCUGGAUGAGUGGGCCUGGGACUUAGUGGCCUAUAUUUUCAAGCAGUCCAGCUUGUCUGGCAGCCAAAUGAAGUCCAAAAACCAUUCCAGUCAGGAUGCUGAGGAGGAACAGAGCAUCCGAGCCACCUGUGUGGAGAUCCUGGAACAUCUGGAUGUCUCAAUCAGUGUCAUGAGCCAAGUCUUAUGGCCCCGGCUGCUGGAGUACAUAGUGCCAGCUCAGUACAGCUGCACUCUGACCCCCCUGUGCCGAUGCCUCGGGGACCUGGCCGAGCAACCGCAGUGGGAGGGAGAAGAAGUGGCUUGGAUGGACCCCAGCAAAGAAGACCAGUCCAGGACAAUGGGUGCAGCAGAGGAGGAGCUGAGAGGUCUCCGGGAGGGCUUAAAACGGGCCAGCCCUGAGGCUGUGCUGACAUCAUCCUGCCAAAUGGCGAAGGUGCCAGACAUCCUGUCCACUAUCUUUAUUCGAAUGCCAACCAUGCAGGAGAGGUCCAUGCGAGGCUUCCUGUUGGAAGGCGUUGGCAUUCUUGCCGUGUUUCACCUAGAGGCAGUGAUCAGCAGCCUCCUUGCCAAGCCUCUGCCAAUGGACAGGCUUUCUAUGGAGACCCUGGCCUGCGCUAUAUCAAAGGGCCUGGGGGAGAGAGUGGCUGCAGACCUUUCUGAAGCAGGAACCUGGCCAUUACUGGAGAGUCCUCAGACACACCACGAAGGGGUGUGCCAGCUGGCCAGGGCUCUGCUCCCACUGGGAAUAAUAACGCCCCAGUUUAUAGGGCAGGUCCUGAAGUGGGCCAGUUCCCCAACAGAAAAUCUCCGUGUGACUGGUACUGCCUUCAUCAGCCAGGUUAUGUGUGACCCAGUCAUUGAAGAGCAGAAGCUCCUGAAGGCAGUCCUUUAUUUACUUCAGCAGCAAGCCAGGGACACAAAUAACCUUGUCCGGCAAAUGUCAGCCAGAGGACUAGGCAACAUCACCCUGAGCAGGGCCGAAAGGCUAAAAAAACACCAGAAGGCUGUCGUGGAGACCCUGUUCCAGGCAUCAUUUGUUCCUGCCAGGGCUGAGAUCGUGGAGGAGGGCGUGCGGGCACUCACCCGCAUCUUUAAACAUCUGGGGAUGGAUGCGGGGCCCCUGGUCCAGGAUGCAGCUAUGCACAUCAGGCCCUUUUUUAACCAUGACAACGACGGUCUUCGCGCCGUGGCUUUCUCCCUCUUCGGUGCCCUGGCAGGCUGCAUGAAAAGAAGGCAAGCCUUUUAUAAAAGGCAGGUGAGGCAGAGCCUGGGAACACUCCUGCUUCAUCUGGAGGACCCCAACCCGCAGGUGGCCAAGGUAAGAACUGGUGACACUGAUUUCCUCAGCCCUGCCAGGUUCCCCUGA